GGAGGAGGGGAGGAUGUAUGUGAAGGCCAUGGUGGUCGAUAAGGACUUUCCGGAGGACAGGAAGCCCAGGAAGGUGUCCCCAGUGAAGGUGACAGCCCUGGGCGGUGGGGACUUGGAAGCCACGUUCACCUUCAUGAGGGAGGAUCGGUGCGUCCAGAAGAAAAUCCUGAUGUGGAAAACGGAGGAGCCCGGCAAAUUCAGUGCCUAUGGAGGCAGGAAGCUCAUAUAUGUGCAGGAGCUGCCCGGGAGGGACCACUUCGUCUUUUACUGCAAAGACCAGCACCGUGGGGGCCUGUUCCACAUGGGAAAGCUCAUGGGUAGGAAUCCUGACAUCAACAUGGAGGCCCUGGAAGAAUUUAAGAAAUUCGUGCAGCACAAGGGACUCUCGGAGGAGGACAUUUUCAUACCCCUACAGACGGGUGAGAGGACAGCUGUGCCCAGUCCCCCGUGUUUCCCCCUGUGUCUCUCUGUGACCUCCAGUGUCCCAUGACCCCUGUGUCCUCCCAUGUACCCCGCAUUCCCCGUGUGCCCUGAGUCUCCUCACAGGGACUCCCGGGCCCCGCUUAGGGUUCUUGUCAUUGAAGAGUCUGAACUCUGGGCUGUGAUGGGGUCCAGGCCCUGCUUAGGGUCCUCAUCCUUGGAGGGUCUGAGCUCUGGGCUGUGAUGGGUCGGGCCUGCUUAGGGUCCUCAUCCUUGGAGGGUCUGAGCUCUGGGCUGUGAUGGGGUCCGGGCCCUGCUUAAGGUCCUCGUCGUUGGAGGUUCUGAGCGCUGGGCUGUGAUGGGGUCCGGGCCCUGGUCCAGGGCGUCUUCUCAUCCUUGGGUUUUUCUUGGUCUCUGCAGGAAGCUGCACUCCCGAACACUAGCGUGAGUGAGCCUUUGGGAGGACACUGGACAAGCCCAGAGUCCUGGGUUCCCAGGGUUCAAAGGUCCAUCUGUUCUGGCUCCUGCCAUCCCACACAAGCAGGGAGACCCCCCGGGGUCAGGCACGAGGUUGGCACCUCUCAGAGUCUGCCCACCCACAAUUCCUGGGACAUUUGGGAAGUCCUUUGUUUCACCUAUUCCCGCGCCUGCCAGCCCGAGUGAGCGUCCUCCUCGGCCCUUCCACAGCGAGGCCUCCCUUGGGCUCCCUCAGGUGUCAGCUCGGCCCAUCGCCCCCUGCAUCUGUCCCCACUCGGUCGUCUUCCCCCAGUCCACUCACUGAGGAUGCUCAGAGGCCUGCCCGGUCAUUGGAGGAGCUGAGGUCACUCUGGAGCCCCAAGGUUGCCCAGCAGUGGCUGAUGUGGGGGCUGCAGAUCCUAGGGAGGGAGCUCUGGGCCUGGCCUCUGCCCUACCCUAUGGCCUCCCUAACCUCUGCUCUUCCUAGCACAGCAGCCCCUAGUCUGCACCCAGAGUCCACCCUGCUGCCAGACACGGAGCCCGGACUGCCUGGACCUACCCUCCAGCCAUGACCCUUCCCUGCUCCCACCCGCCUGACUCCAAAUAAAGAGCUUCUCCCCCAGCUCUGGGCAGGCCUCUCUGUGGGGAUGGAGGGACUUGCACCGGCUCCCUGGGAGGCCUGCUGGGAGGGGGAGCCACAAGGGAAGCUGGGGAGACGUUGGACCUAGCAAGCGUCAAACCACGAGAGGCAUGACGUCAAACAGGCCUGCAGGGCCACGUGAUGUCCUGGAGGGGCCUCCUGUAGAGCCACCCUCAGGUCUCAGGUUUAGCUUAGGACAGGCAGGGCCCUGGGCAGGAGCGUUUGGAAAGCCACUGGGGAGGACAGGAGUGGGGACACAGUGUCAGAGCUGCAGCAGUGGGGCCACUGCAGGGCUCCUGUCCCAGGGGUCUCAGAGGGAUCCUCCGAGUGGCCCCACUUUAGCAGCCUGGGUUCAGUGGCAGCGCUGGAGAGAGGGGCACUGGUGCCUCCAUCAUCACCCCCAGAGCAAGGCAGAGCAAGCCCCAGUCUCCGA